AUGGCCAUGGCGACCACAUCUUCCAAGCCGAUGCGAGAGCAGGUCGAAGAGUUCAUCUCCAAGUUACAGGAGGACAUAGUCUCCGCUCUGGAGAAGCUCGACCCCAACGCACCCGCAUUCAAACGCGAUGACUGGCUCCGUGCGCAGGGAGGGCGCGGUCUUUCAUGCGUAUUCGCGGUGCCGGACCCCAGCGUGUCUGAGGCAGCAGCGACGGCCCAAAAUUCCGUCCUCGAAAAGGCCGGUGUUAACAUCUCCAUCGUCCAUGGCAUCCUCCCCCCUCCCGCCGUGAAGCAGAUGCGCGCAGAUCACGGCUCGAUGAAGGACCUUGAAGGCAGUCUCCCGUUCUUCGCAGCCGGCAUCAGCCUCAUCGUCCACCCACGCAACCCUCAUGCGCCUACCGUGCACGUCAACUACCGCUACUUUGAGAUCACCGAGCCCGUUCCGGAGGGGUCACAGGAGAAGGGCAAGAUCGUUGCAUGGUGGUUCGGCGGCGGAGGCGACUUGACGCCCUCGUAUCUCUACGAAGAGGAUGCAAAGCACUUCCACGCCACGCACAAGGCGGCAUGCGACCCACAUGGUGCAGCAGUCUACCCGACAUUCAAAAAGUGGUGCGACGAAUACUUUGUCAUCAAGCACCGCGGCGAGUCGCGCGGCAUCGGCGGGAUGUUCUUCGACGACCUCUGCGACGAGCCGCACAAGCGAUUCCUCGAGGCCGGUGGCGAGGAGGCCAACGCGCAGCGCCCGCACACCCCGGAGACGAUCUUCGCGAUGAUCAAGGAUCUCGGCAACGCGUUCCUUCCCUCGUACAUGCCCAUCCUCGAGCGGCGGAUACACACCCCGAGCGAUGCGCGCGCACGGCGAUGGCAGUUGCUGCGCCGAGGGCGAUACGUCGAGUUCAACCUCGUCUACGAUCGCGGGACACGCUUUGGGUUGCUCACGCCCGGCGCGCGGAUCGAGAGCGUGCUCAUCAGUCUGCCAGAGACGGCGAGAUGGGAGUAUGGCAGUGAGCUUGGGAGCGAGGAGGGGAGUGAGGAGGCUAGAUUGAUGGAAGUGCUCAAGAAUCCGAGGGACUGGGUAUGA